UAGAGAGAGAAAGUUCGAGAUCACAGAGAGAGAGAGAGAGAGAGAGAGGGAGAGAGAGAGAGACGGCAUUAAUGGCGGAAGGUCACAUGCCGCAAAAACACAGCGACGAGAGUGUGAAGCUGUUCGUCGGCCAAGUUCCGAAGCAUAUGACGGAGGCACAACUCAUAGCAAUGUUCAAAGAGUUUGCUCUUGUGGACGAAGUCAACAUCAUCAAAGACAAGGCUACGCGAGCUUCUCGAGGUUGUUGUUUUGUUAUAUGUCCAUCUAGGGAGGAAGCAGACAAGGCCGUGGAUGCGUUUCAUAAUAAAAGUACCUUGCCCGGGGCAUCUAGUCCAUUGCAAGUGAAAUACGCUGAUGGCGAGUUGGAACGGCUAGAACACAAACUUUUCAUUGGUAUGCUUCCUAAGAAUGUUUCGGAAGGUGAAGUUUCAGCAUUAUUUUCACAAUAUGGAACCUUAAAAGACUUGCAAAUUCUUAGAGGUUCUCAACAAACGAGCAAAGGUUGCGCUUUUGUGAAGUACGAGACAAAAGAACAAGCUGUUGCUGCUAUAGAGGACCUUAAUGGAAAACACAAGAUGGAGGGUUCAACUGUCCCUUUGGUUGUUAAAUGGGCAGACACCGAAAAGGAAAGGCAAGCUAGAAAGGCUCAGAAAGCUCAAUCGCUGGCUUCUACUUUAGCAAAUGUUGACCCGACACAACAUCCAUCUUUAUUCGGAGCACUUCCAAUGGGUUAUAUGUCACCAUAUAAUGGCUAUGGGUAUCAGGCUACUGGAACUUAUGGGCUCAUGCAGUAUCGCCUUCCCCCGAUGCAGAAUCAACCCCCGUUCACCAACCUGUCUCCAAACCAAGCAAAUGCAUUACGAGGAGGAUCUCCAAGAAACUAUGCAGUUCCCCCAGCCGGUUAUAUGGGAUCUGCUUAUCCAGCCAUGCCAAGGGUUCAGUAUCCUCUGGCAUACCCUGGUGGAAUGAGGCCUUUCAGUGGUCCUCCUAGCCCAGUACCACCAGAAGUUGCAAAGAAUCAUAUUGCAACAUCUUCAACCGUCAGCGCAAGUGCCACCGAUCAUGUUGAAGGUCCACCUGGUGCUAAUCUGUUUAUUUAUCAUAUUCCUCAAGAAUUUGGCGACGAGGAGCUCGCAAAUGCCUUUCAAGCAUUUGGAAGGGUCUUGAGUUCCAAGGUUUUUGUCGACAAGGCAACUGGUGUUAGCAAGUGCUUCGGUUUCGUCAGUUAUGACUCCCCAACUGCUGCUCAAUCAGCAAUUAAUACGAUGAAUGGAUACCAGUUAGGUGGUAAAAAAUUGAAGGUUCAACUUAAAAGAGACAACAAACAAAAUAAAGCUUAUUGAUUUGAUGGUAAGCUAUGGAAGGCUGCAGAACUCUAUUGACGGUGCAUGCUAUCCCAUCCCACUUGUAGCCAAAGCCCUGACACUUGUAAUACUUUGUUAAAAUUGUGUGCCUCUGUAAUCUGUAAUUGUGUAACAUAUUAAUUCAUUUAGUCAUUGACUUUCAAUAUAUCGAUUCUUUCCUC